AGAGAGAGAGAGAAGGGAGGGCGAGUGAUCCAGAUAGGAGCAUCGUCAUCGGGCAGGCAGCCUCGUACGAGCGCGCACGCACACUCACACACACACACACACACGAGGAGGAAAAAAGCAAGAGGCGAACGCACAGACGGCAGCACCCGGGCGGCAGCGAAUAAGCGAAUCCCAAACCGUGACAGAUGGGGCCUGGAUUGUUGUGGAAGUUCUCCUCAAAGGCUUGCUGCACUGUCUCUCACAGCGUGCUGCAGACCAUGUUGCUCUCCAAGAUGGCUGGGAUGAAGGAGCAGCAGUUCACUGAGGAGAAACCGCUCCUGCCAGAGCAGAAAGCAGGACAGGACUCCGACAUGCAGGAGCAUGGAGCCGAAGCUCGGUGCGCGAACGCGCCGCCCGCCACCUCCCCCCCGCCCGCCGCCGCCGCCGCCGCCUCCUCCUCCACCACCGCCGCCCCCCCGCCCUCGGCCCGCCCCCACCGGUGGCACGUGUUCGCGCGGCGCUGGCUGCGCGUCACCCGCCAUCGCAGCAGCGGGUUCACCCCGGAAAACUGCGACACCUUUAUCUCUCCGGGAGACUGGAAGGAACAUGAUAUCGACACCCCCUAUGGCAUGCUCCACGUAGUCAUCCGGGGGGCGCCCAAGGGGAACAAGCCUGCUAUCCUCACCUACCACGAUGUGGGGCUCAACCACAAGCUGUGCUUCAACUCCUUCUUCCAGAAUGAGGACAUGCAGGAGAUCACUAAGCACUUUGUGGUGUGCCAUGUAGAUGCCCCUGGGCAGCAAAUUGGGGCCUCUCAGUUACCCCAGGGGUACCAGUAUCCCACCAUGGAUCAGCUGGCGGGCAUGCUGCCCAGCGUGGUGCAGCACUUUGGAUUUAAGAGCAUUGUGGGAAUUGGAGUUGGGGCUGGUGCCUACAUCCUGGCCAAAUUUGCUCUGAUUUUCCCAGAUCUUGUGGAGGGUCUGGUGCUGUUGAACAUUGAUCCCAAUGGGAAGGGCUGGUUUGAUUGGGCAGCAAGUAAGCUGUCUGGACUCACCAGUGCCCUGCCAGAUACUGUCCUGCCCCACCUCUUCAGCCAGGAGGAGCUGAUGAGCAACACGGAGCUGGUGCAGAGCUACAGGCAGCAGAUCAACAAUAACAUCAACCAGUUCAACCUGCAGCUCUUCUGGAACAUGUACAACAGUCGUCGGGAUCUGGAGAUGAACCGUACUGGUACCGUGCUGAACGCCAAAACCAUCAGGUGCCCUGUCAUGCUGGUCGUUGGUGACAAUGCCCCAGCAGAAGAAGGAGUGGUCGAGUGCAAUUCCAAGCUGGACCCGACUAACACCACCUUCCUGAAAAUGGCGGACUCCGGCGGCCUGCCCCAGCUCACACAGCCCGGAAAACUGACUGAAGCUUUCAAAUACUUCCUCCAGGGAAUGGGCUACAUUGCGUAUGUAAAGGAUCGAAGGUUGAGUGGAGGGCCAGUGCCCUCUGCCAGUAUGACGCGGCUGGCGCGCUCCCGGACGGCCUCCCUGACCAGCGCCAGCUCCGUGGAGGGCUCCCGCGGGCGAGCCUGCACCCACUCGGACAGCAGCGAGGGGGUGGGCCAGCUCAACCACACCAUGGAGGUCUCCUGCUGAGCGCGCGGACGCACCCACGCGCCGAGGAAGAGGAGGAGGGGGGGCGCCGCCAGCGACCGGGAGAGGGGCCGGCACAACCCCACACCACAGUCUGCCCGGUUUGCCUGGGGGGGGGGUGGUGGGGGGUUUCAGACCUUCCUGCUCUCCUGCUCUCUCUCUCUCUCUUCCCUCCUCGCUGUCUUUCUUUCUCGCUCUAGCACUUCUUCCUUCCUCUCGCUCUUUCUCUCCCUCUCCCUCCCUUCUCUCUCUCUCUUUCUCUCCCUCUCCCUCCCUUCUCUCUCUCCCUUUCUCUGUAAUUGUACACAGACCUUAUUGUCCCCAGAACUGAUGAAAAUGUUUUUUGAGACGCCAUUUUGGAUACCCUUUCCCCUCUCCCCCCGUAGUUGUGUUCAACGGUAACCCCUCCCAUCUCCCCCCACCCCACCCCACCCCACCCCAUGCCUGUUCCCCUGCCCCUGAUGUGUCAGUCAUCUGUUGGAUCACCGAAGGAGAUGUGGAGGGGGGUGGGGCGGGGCUGAGGGGUAGAGAUGUGGAGGGGGGAGGGGCGGGGCUAAGGGGCGGGGCUGUUCAGGUGUGCGAAGCUUGUCGGGGGCCGAUGUGCAGCAGGUGUGUUCACAGGUGUUUGUCUUGUGAAGGCAUGCGAGUGAAGGCAUGGUGCGGGUGUAACAGGUGGAGAGGGUGUGGGUGUGGCUCUGUGUGUGUGCGUGGUGGUGGGGGUGGAGGUGGGGGUGGGGGGGGGGGGGGUGUGGAACUUACUGGGUGUGUUCGAGGCCUGUUACACGGUGGCAUGUAGCCCCACCCCUGCCCUGGGAUAGGACCGCCCACUCUAACUGGCACCUUCUCACCCAGACACCCUGUGAGGCCAGGAGUGUGGAGUUACCAUGGUACCACCAAUGAAAACAUUGCUCUACUUCUCAAGCACAUUAAGGUUCAGUUUGAAGUGGCAAAGUCAUUGUAAGGGCAUAAGGGGUACAGUGGUCUUAAGGCUGAUAAAGCCUCACUCUCCACCCAGCAAAACACAGCACUGAUAGAGAGCUGUGUCUCACUGAGCAUGCUCAGAACGGCUGCCGACUGGUCACUGCACUGAGCAUGCUCAGAACUAACGCCUGAGUGCUUACUGCACUGAGCAUGCUCAGAACUGCUGCUGACUGGUCACUGCACUGAGCAUGCUCAGAACUAACGCCUGAGUGCUUACUGCAUUGAGCAUGCUCAGAACUGCUGCUGACUGGUCGCUGCACUGAGCAUGCUCAGAACUCCUGCUGCUGACUGGUCACUGCACCGAGCAUGCUCAGAACUGCUGCAGUUGAGUGGUCACUGCAAUGAGCAUGCUUAGUUAAGCUUUACAGACAGAAAGCUGUACAUGGGUGAGUUGUUGGUGACCAGAGCACUAGCAGGGAUGGGUUAGAGAUGCAGGUCAGUGUGUUAGGUUCCUGAUGAGAGAGAAAGAGCUUCUUGUGUCAGUCACAUUUCAGUGGUUCUUCAGGCUGGAAUUCAGGCCUAAAGACGAGGGCAACAUAACAUUUACCUCCACGACAUCACGUGACAUAUACCUCCACCCAAGUGCGAGAACAUCCACCUACCUCCACCUGUAGAAGGCUCACCUGCACGCGGCUCCAGCCCCCCCCCCGGUUCGCGGUCCGGGUCCGGCGGUUCCGGCCCGCCGGGCCUCCCCAGGGCAUUGUGGGUCCAGAGAGAUGCAGUUCUGUUCAGGAUCGGCCUGCGUGGGUCUCCCCUCCGACGACAAUCACGUUCCCUCUCAAACCAAAACCGGGCCCGGGGGGCCGAGGCAGAACGGGCGGGGCCCCGGGGGAGGCGCCGGGCCGGGACCGCGCGGGCGGAGGGGGGGGCGGAGCUUUAAACGCGGGGACCCUCCCCCCAGAGCACCCAGCCCUUAUCAUGACUAUACCAAAGCUACACACACAGACGGUGGCUGGGUACUGUGAGGGGACGCGACCGCAAUGCGCACACUCACACUUACACACACACACACACACGCGCACACACACACACACAAACACACACACACACACACAC